AUGACCCGCCAGUUUGCCUCGCCGUCAUCGAUGAAUAGCACCUACUUCAGGCAAUUCGACUGCGGCGACCUUUUCAAUGGGGUGGUUAUCGAAAGUGAAGUUGACAAUGUCGACACUCUCAGUGCAGUCCACGGCGUGGCCAAUGUUUGGCCAAUGAAAACUAUUCCAAUGGCAUCUGCCAUACAGCAAGUCAAGGCUGCUCCGGACCCCAAGAAUCACAAUUACUCUGUGCACCAAUGGACCGGCGUUGAUCAGCUCCACGCUCGCGGUAUUCGAGGUAAAGAUGUUACCAUUGCCAUCAUUGACACUGGCCUUGAUUAUACGCACGAAGCGCUUGGUGGAUGCUUUGGACCUGGCUGCAAAGUUGCCGGAGGUUAUGAUCUCGUUGGUAAAGACUGGAACUCUCACAAUGAGAAACGAUACCCAAAAGACCCAGAUCAAGACCCCAUGGACCAUCACGGCCAUGGAACUCAUGUGGCCGGGAUUAUUGCCGCUGAAAACGAAUGGCUGACUGGGGUGGCUCCUGAUGCUCAACUUCUUUCGUUCAAAGUGUUUGCCGAUGAUCCCUGGGACACCGACGAAGAUGUGCUCAUUCAGGCAUUUUGUGACGCAUACGGCGCUGGGGCCGACAUCAUUACGGCAAGCAUCGGCAGACCUGAUGGGUUUGCUGAUGAUCCCUGGGCCUUGGUUGCUAACAGAAUUGCGGACAAAGGUGUCGUAGUCACAAUUUCGGCCGGGAAUGAAGGCAAUACCGGACCGUUCUUCUCAAGCAGUGGUGCAAAUGGCCACAAUGUCCUGUCUGUAGCUGCCAUCAACGUUACCGGGAAUCCAAACAUAAGCACCUCUGAUCCCAGCGCAGCACCGAUCCCCGCCUUGUUCACAUCAUGGGGCCCGACUAACGAGUUGCUACUCAAACCUGAUAUCGGUGCCCCCGGCUUUGAAAUACUGAGCACCAUACCGGGCAAUGACUACAUUUCGAUGAGUGGGACAUCCAUGGCUGCACCAUAUAUCGCAGGUAUUGCAGCACUGUACAUAUCCAAGCACGGCGGCCGUGAGCUGCAUGGCUCUGGAUUCGCAAAAAUGCUUUCCAACCGCAUUGUUUCCAGUGGCGUGAGUAUUGGGUGGGCAGUUGGUGAUACUGAUCUCAAAUUCAGAGCCCCUCCUUUUCAAGUGGGCACCGGUCUUGUCAACGCGCUCAAGGUGAUCGACUAUGACACUCAGUUGGAAUUUGAACCUUUUUCGCUGUCGGAUUCCAUACAGUUCCGAUCAACGUGGACUGCAAACGUGACAAACUCCGGGAACCAAACCGUGGUUUACUCCUUCGAGCUUGAGCCCCAGGCUGGGGUAGAAAUCCUGGAUCCUCACUAUGGCAUAAAAACCGCCUACAAACUCGAGCCAUUGCGGAUUGUGCCCCCAGUUUCAUUGCCCAGUGAUGUUGUGGUAGCACCUGGGGAGACAGAACAAGUCGAGUUCACCUUUGGUCUUCCUGAACACAUAAACGAUGAUUACCUACCUCUAUAUGGUGGUAAAGUUUGGAUAAGAGGGAGCAACGGUGAUGAUCUCUCCAUUCCCUACGGAGGGGCAGCAUACGAUACCGAAAAGGCUUUUGAUAGCAUGUUCUUGGGAGAGCCCUUCAUCACAGAUCGAGGUGCUAAUUGGACUUGGUCAUUUAAUACCGACAAGAGUCGAUUUGACUUUGUCGAGUUAAACGCCCGUCUCGACUACCCAUGCUUCCAUCUGCGCUGGGAUAUAUACACCCCGUUCUGGACUGAGAUCCAUUGGGAUUAUCCUCCCGUUGUUGGGGAAUCCGGCUACGUUGGCGCGGCGGCUGCCAUGCGAGAUGCCGACACCUUUUGGUAUUACGACCCUAGCCGCAUGGACAAAGAUCAAACAGUCUCGUUUCCUAUGAUGAGAGUUCCACGAGGGUAUGCUAAGCACUGGUGGUUUGGCAAGCUGGCAAACGGAAGCUAUCUCGCGCCAGGCAAUUAUACCUUGCGAUUCGCCGCUUUGCGCCCGUACGGUAAUCCUAGCAUUUCCGACCAUUGGGACAUAAUGCACAUGCCCGUGCGAAACAUUCAAGUCUUGCCAUACAACCAAACAAACUCCACUACACACGGAGGACACUAG